AUGGAGACAGAAAAGCCAUUACAAAGGAACAAUAGUCGCGUGGCAAUUGGAUGUACUGCGUGUAGAGUGCGCCAUGUACGAUGCGAUAAAGAACUUCCAUCAUGCUCAGCAUGCUUGAAGGCAGGUAUUGACUGUGAGCGCGCUCUGCAGAUUCGGUUUCGACCAGGCCUUGGCCCGUCAACUGGAUAUGCCUUCUCCUCCGAUCAAACGUGGGUUCGACCGGCAAAGUUUUUGGAAUACGUCGACGAGACGGAUCGAGUAUCACAGGACUAUGAGAGUCAGGAGCAAGAAGAUAUGUGUUUAGCUCAAGACUUGUCGAUUGAUCCUGAUCUCGCAAAACCGGGCCAACCGUCGUCUGAAGCUGCGCACGUAUCACCGCCUUCACAAAUAGUUCAUACCAUAUCGCCAAUGCCGGACAUCAGUCAUCACGACUUUGCAAACUCUCCUGCGAGUAGUCAAUUGACUCGACACCUUCGAUAUAGCUCUGAACUUGUUCGCUCCCCAGAUUCUCCAUAUUCCCGGCCACCAAUGCAGUUCACAGCACGCGAGGCCGAGCUCAUCAAGAACUUUACUGAAAACAUGGCUUUAUGGGCUGAUGCAACAGACGUGCAUCGCCACUUUGAGCUGGAAGUUCCCCGCCGGUCGUUGUACUUUCCUGUGCUGCGUUAUGCAGUUUUUUCCUUCUCUUCGCGUCACCUGAAUCGAGAUAAGGCAGAUACUUCGACUGAAGCGUUGGAAUACUAUAAUUCUUGUCUGAGUGUCUUGAUAGAAGCGGUUGACAAAGCGAGUGGACAUAUUGACGAGGAAACCCUUGCCGCCAUCGCUAUACUACGGCAGUACGAAGAGAUGGACGCGGAAGAUAUGGAAAUGCACCUGACAGGAACAUCCAGGAUCGUGAACUCGAUGUCAGAGUUUGACUUCAAUGGCGGUCUCGGUGAGGCUGCAGCAUGGCUAUGUCUACGACAAGACAUCUAUGUAUCACUAACAAGAUUGCGGCCUUUGAGAUCAAACCUUGAGAACUACCUCCAAUCUGAUAUCUUUCGACGCACUGACGACGCAGCCUACGCAAACAAGAUGGUUUACCUUCUUGCGCGAUCUCUGGGUUCCAUCUACCCAUCCGAUUCAGCUAUCUCUAAUGAGAGCUUGGUGAACAUUCGACUAGAAGUUGAUGGUUGGUUUGACUCCAAACCGGCUGCUUUCAACCCAAUCCUAGAAAGUGCCAGGAAUAAGGAUGGAGGGAAUUCAUUGCCUAUUAUUUGGGUCCUUUCACCUUUUCAUUCCGUGGGCUUGCAAUACUAUCAUAUCGCCAAGAUUGUUCUGGCCAUGUCUUUCCCUAUCGCUACAGACUCGGUCUUUGAGCAGAUCCGAGAGAGCAAGAAGGUCGAGCGAACGAUUCGAAGCCACCUUCUCCAGGUGAUAGCAUUGGCAAGCUCUCAUGCAAAAGCAGAGAAUGCUUUGUUCACAGCUCGACAUUCAUUAUCCAUUUGGGGUAGCGUCUUUACCGAUAGGAUGGACCAAGAUAUGGUCCUCGACUUCUUGCGACACAUACAACAGAAGACUGGUUGGCAAACAGAGUCAUUGAGUUCAUCAUUGCAGCAACAGUGGACGCAAGACUCGAAUGAGGACUGA